CCACAUUCUUUCUUUUUCUUCUUCUUCUUCUCUCUGCACUCUCUUCAAUCUUUCUUUACAGGAGCUCUGCAAUAUUUAUUUAAAUUGAGAAAAUAAAAAUGGUAGGAAUUUUUUCUCUGGUGACUGGAUGGCCAGGUCCGAGCGGCUUUGGCUCAGCAACCACAGCCGAGCAAGUUACUGAGGGCAUCGAUGCUUCUAAUCUCACUGUCAUAAUUACAGGAGGAGCAAGCGGGAUCGGUGCAGAGACGGCGAGAGUAGCUGCGCUUAGAGGAGCCCAUGUUAUUAUUGCUGCAAGGAAUAUGGAAGCUGCUAAUGAAACAAAGGAGCAAAUAGUUUCCAGCAAUUCAGCAGCUCGUGUUGAUGCCAUGAAACUAGACCUCAAUUCUCUCAAGUCUGUGAGAUCUUUUGCUGAUAAUUUUGUCGCGACUGGCCUUCCAUUAAACAUCUUGAUAAACAACGCUGGUGUGAUGUUCUGUCCUUACCAACUUUCAGAGAAUGGCGUGGAGAUGCAAUUUGCGACCAAUCAUCUUGGCCAUUUCUACUUGACCAACCUUCUCCUUGACAAAAUCAAAAGAACAGCAAAAGAGAGUGGGGUUGAAGGCCGAAUUGUGAACUUGUCAUCGAUAGCUCACCUUCAUACUUAUCCAGAAGGGAUACAAUUUGAUGGAAUUAAUGACCGAUCCAGAUACAAUGAUAAGAAGGCUUACGGGCAAUCCAAACUUGCUAAUAUAUUGCAUGCAAAUGAGCUAUCGAGACGUCUGCAGGAAGAAAGAGCUAAUGUGACAGUAAACUCUGUUCAUCCAGGACUAAUCAUGACAAAUCUGAUGCGGCACUCUGUAACUCAAAUGAAGGUGCUAAAAAUAUUUACCUACAUGUUCUGGAAGAAUGUUCAACAGGGAGCAGCUACGUCUUGCUAUGCGGCUCUGCAUCCAAGCCUCAAAGGCAUAACAGGGAAAUACUUUCUAGAUUGCAACGAGAAGGAGCCAAGCAAUCUUGCGAAAAAUGAAAAGCUUGCAAAACAACUAUGGGCUUUCAGCGAGGAGUUGGUGAAAUCAGCUCAGCCUCUGUGAUGUUAGAAGUUAUAAAAGAGCAGAGCAUUAAUUCCUAUUAAUCAAUAAUCGGUUCUUUCCCUACCAACUUGUUAAAUCCAUUUAGAGGUUAUAAGAACAUAAUAAAAUGGUAUUCGAUGAUGUAAUAUAUGUUAACAAUUGAUCCUAGUGAAAUGAUGCUAUGCGCAAGUUUAUGGAAUUAUAUUCCAGAAAAA